CAUCUAGUCAGCACACCCUGAGCCGAAACCCUCAACAACUGACGAUUGACAAUAUUAAAACGUGGAGACCAUGAGCACUGCGAGCGUCCAAAAUUUGGAGGAAGCUGUCACGAUAGCGUCAGAGUUCAUAAUGACUCUUGACAACUUGCCUAGCGAAGUACAAUUUCUGCUGCAAGAACUUCGCUCGAAAGAGACCGAUUCUCAAGACAUUCAGAAUGAUCUAGCCAAAGAGGCUCAUAAAUAUAUGCGACAUGUCCUACGAUCAGACGGCACAGACCCCAUUUCGAAAGAGAAGGAUAGGACUAUAGCACCACCGACUGAGAAACUGAAGGAUGCUCAAGAAAAACUUUCAGCGCUUUCAGACGAGAAAAUUGCUCUGGCCUCUCGUAUUGUCGACCUACUCUCUAGGAAGCGGGCCCGGUUAGAAUACGACCUGGGUCGUGUCCUUGUUCUACAAGGAGAAACGGAUCCAGCAUCUGUUUUUGCCGGAGCCGCAUCUUCGACUCCAGUUGCUGUAUCAGGACUUGGUAGUGGCGCUGCCGGCUAUGUGCUUGGAGGACGCAAUCCAGCCGCUCAAAUUAAUGAAAGCUUGCGAAAUGCGUUCGCUGGCGGUACCGCUACUCCUUUGGCAAGUGGCUCAGGAAGCAUGACCUCUGUCGGAGGGCGUGCUUCGGUUGCUGGAGAAGACAAUGCUUUCAAAAAACGGAGAUUGAUGGGGACGCAGGGAUCUAUCAAGCUGCCAUCACCGGCACCGUCUGCCUAUGUACCGUCUACUCGAGGUCGCCGGAGAAGACGGGGAGCUUCAUCUGAGGCUGAAGACUUCGAUUUUGAUUAUGGAGAUGAAACUCAAGGUGCAGAGGAAGCAGAAGCAGAGGAAGGUGAUGGCGAGGAGGGCGAAGAUGGCGAAGACAAGGAACUGUACUGCUUCUGUCAGAAGCUGAGUUACGGAGAAAUGAUCGCGUGUGACAACCCAGAUUGCCCGUAUCAAUGGUUUCACCUCCCUUGUGUCAACCUCAAGCAACCACUGCCCGAGAGUUGGUUCUGUGACGACUGCAUUAGAAAGAUGGGUCCUCCUGCAUCUGGUCCUGGCCGUAAGGGCCGGAAGAAAUAGGCCUUCCUCCUCUCGCUCACCAUCUCGGGCUUUCCCUUACUAUGUCCGUCCUUGGCAACGUUCGUGGCAGUGAACCCAGCC